AUGACGAAAACCUCUGUAUUCCCUUUCGCCGUCCCAGAGGUGUCAAAUGAGCGUGUGAAGCUCGUCGCCUUCGACCCAGACAGACACUGCGAUACUUUUUUCCGCUUGUCUUCUCCACAUCCUGAGAUAUAUGCGCAUAUGCCGAUGGUGGCACCCAAUUCAGCAACCGAAUUCAAGUCCAGGUUUUACAGUGAUUCAACUACUAAUAUCCUGUCAUUCUCCAACCCACAAUCUUUUGCUUUCGCCAUCAUCGACAAGACCUGUCUGCCAUCUACCGAAGACCCAGAAGGUGAACUGGCCGGCACAGUGAGUUUUAUCCGCACAUCUCCGACGGACUUGUGCACAGAGAUCGGUUUCAUUGUUGUACUGCCACCUUACCAACGCAGCCAUGUGGCAACAAAUGCUGUGGGACUUGCUCUCCAACUUGCGUUCAGCAUUGGAUUAUGUCGCGUCCACUGGUUAACCAGCACGACAAACCUUGCAAGUGCCCGACUUGCAGAAAGGAUGGGAUUCGAAAAGGUUGGAAUGAUUCCCUGGCACAUGCGCUUUGUGAAAGGAAAACUUUGCGGUAAAAUUGGAAAUGGCAAGGACUUGCCACCAGGGAGUGAUCCCGAGGAUUUGUGGAGGGACACACUCAGCUUUAGCCUGGCAUGGGAUCGAUGGGAUACUGCAGCGAAAGCAAUGACAGAGAAGGCCAUGGCGAGAUAA